AUGGUCCGCAUCAUUCCCCAGCUCCUGAAGACGGGCUCGACCAAGUCCAACGUCAACUCCUCCACCAACAGCCGCAGCACCAGCCCAAUGCGCUCCGCCAAGACAGACGCCGUGAGCCCUGAUGGGCGACGGGACACGGGGCUCGUCCUGAAAGUCGUGAUCAUCCGUGCCAGAGAUCUGGCCGCGAAAGACCGUGGAGGAACAUCGGACCCUUACCUCCAGUUGACCUGCGGCGAAACGAAAGUCGUCACCCACUGCGUCCCGAAGACUCUCAACCCAGACUGGAACGUCGUCGCUACGGUCCCUAUCGUCGGUGUCGAGAACCUAUUGCUCGAGGCAAUCUGCUGGGACAAGGACAGGUUUGGCAAAGACUAUCUGGGCGAAUUCGAUCUUGCUUUGGAGGAGAUAUUCGCCAACGAGCAAACCGAGCAGGCCCCCAAAUGGUACCCCCUAAAGAGCAAGAGAACGGGAAAGAAAGCGGGCGUGGUGUCGGGUGAAGUUCUCCUGUCGUGCACCAUCUUCGACUCCACUGACAAGGACGCCUCUCCUUCGCAAACACUUGGCAAGCUCCGGACGCUUGCAAGCUCCCUACCCGAGGCCGCCUCUCGCAACCCAACUCCGACAAGAACACCUGUCCUUGGCCCUUCCAAGGGAAGGGCCGGAUCUUCUCCGUCACCACCCUUGGUCCGCAGUGGCACAGACAACUCUCAAGAUGAUGAGGACGACGACGACCUCCUCGAUGACGACGAUGAGACUCCCGAGGACGAGGACCCCAGCAAGCCCGAGUCGAUCGAGAAGCGCAAGCGGAGGCUGAGGAUCAAAGGCCUGAAGCGCAAGAAGAGACAGAACCCGUAUGAGUUUACGAACGGCGACAACAAUGUGGUGGGCCUCGUCUUCUUGGAAAUCAGCCACAUCACCGAUUUGCCCCCUGAGUCCAACUUUACCAAGACAAGCUUCGACAUGGAUCCGUUCGUUGUUGCUUCCCUCGGCAAGAAGACGUACAGAACCAAGGUCGUCCGCCACAACCUCAACCCUGUCUUCAACGAGAAGAUGCUCUUCCAAGUCCUGCAGCAUGAACAAACAUACUCAUUCUCGUUCACCGUGAUCGACCGGGACAAGUACUCCGGCAACGACUUCAUCGCCUCCACAUCAUUCCCUCUCCAAGGGAUCGCUGACAAGUCCCCCAAGGCGAACCCCGAGACUGGCCUUUAUGACCUCAAAGAACCCGCGGAGUACGCGCCCGUCAAGAAGUCGCGGUUGGCCAAGCUAGGCAUGUCCAGAACCUCGUCCUCGACUAGUUUGAACAAGGGGCGACCGCCGUUGUCGAAGAACCCUUCGACCAUGUCUGCCUUGUCUCAAGCUGAUUCAGGCCCUGGUGCCGCCCCAACGUCUGCUCCUAACCCCAACCUGCUUUCAGCCGACCAGAUGCCAAAUCUGAACGUCGAGAGCAGCGAGGGCGGCGAGGCUGCUUCUGAUGAUCCCGACUUCAUGAGCUUCACUGUACCUCUGAAGAUGAAGAACCUGGAGAAGUGGGAGGCGAAGCACAACCCGCAGUUGACCGUUCGCGCCAAGUAUAUGCCAUACCCGGCCCUACGACAACAGUUCUGGCGAGCAAUGCUGAAGCAGUACGAUACGGACGAGAGCGGCGAGAUCAGCAAGGUUGAGUUGACCACUAUGCUAGACACUCUGGGAUCUACCCUGCGCGAGUCGACGAUUGAUAGCUUCUUCCAAAGAUUCCCACACAAGGCUGCCAAUGGAGAGGAGACUAGCAAUCUCACUAUGGAUGAGGCCGUCAUAUGUCUGGAGGAUCAACUGGAACAGAAGAGCAAACCCCAGGGGCUAGGAGAUAAGAUGAGGAACAUGUUGCCAGACGCUGGAAAGGUCAAGGACUUGUUGACCGUACCAGGCCAGUCCUCAGAAAGUGGUCUCUCUACUCCAUCAGAGACCCCUGGCGAGGAAAGCUCAUUCACUUUGAGCGCCGCAGACUCCACCGUUCAAGGGCAGCCAUCGUCAACAUCUACCAUUGUCGUACCAGACAUGAGCACUCCCGGGGAGGAAGGCGACAACUUGGAAAAAGAUGACCUCAAUGUAGACAAGAGCGAAGAACAUGUCGUCGAGAUCCGGGAAUGUCCCAUCUGUCAUCAACCACGUCUGAACAAACGCAAAGAUACGGAUAUCAUCACCCACAUCGCCACCUGUGCCAGCCAGGACUGGCGCCAAGUCAAUUCUCUCAUGAUGGGUGGCUUUGUCACUGCCAGUCAAGCACAGCGCAAGUGGUACUCCAAGGUCAUCACUAAGAUCUCGUACGGUGGCUACAAGCUUGGUGCGAACUCGGCCAAUAUUCUUGUGCAAGACCGUAUGACGGGUCAAAUCAACGAAGAAAAGAUGAGCGUUUACGUGAGGCUCGGUAUUAGACUCCUCUACAAGGGUCUGAAGUCGAAGGAGAUGGAGAAGAAAAGAAUUCGCAAGAUGCUGAAGAGCUUGAGUGUUAAGCAGGGGAAGAAGUACGAUGACCCAGCCUCUGCGGGUGAUAUCCCCGGCUUCAUUGCCUUCCACAACUUGGAUAUGUCGGAGGUACUUCUGCCAUUGGAGGAAUUCAAGAACUUCAACGAGUUCUUCUAUCGCGCCCUGAAGCCAGGUGCCAGACCCUGCUCUGCCCCGGACAACCCCAACAUCUUCGUCUCUCCAGCCGACUGCCGAUCUGUUGUCUUCAACAGCGUCGAUUCGGCGACUCAGAUCUGGAUCAAGGGUCGUGAAUUCUCCAUCAAGCGACUUCUCGGCAAUGCGUACCCCGAAGAUGCCGCACGCUACGAGAAGGGUGCACUGGGCAUCUUCCGCCUCGCGCCUCAGGAUUACCACCGCUUCCACAUUCCAGUCGAUGGCGUUAUGGGCAAGCCUAAGCUCAUCGAGGGUGAAUACUACACGGUCAACCCCAUGGCCAUCCGGUCCGCGCUAGACGUCUACGGAGACAAUGUUCGUGUCCUUUGCCCCAUUGAUACGCCUACACACGGCCGCGUCAUGGUCAUCUGCGUCGGUGCUAUGAUGGUCGGCAGUACCGUCAUCACUCGCAAAGAGGGUGAGCAGGUUAAGCGGGCUGAGGAGCUAGGUUACUUCAAGUUCGGAGGUAGCACCAUUGUUCUCCUCUUCGAGGAGGGCAAGAUGGUGCACGAUGACGACCUGAUUGACAACUCGAACAGCGCUGUCGAGACCUUGAUUCGGGUGGGUAUGUCAAUCGGUCAUAGCCCGGGUACGCCUCAAUGGACGCCUGACAUGCGCAAGGAUGCCAGCGACAUCACCGAGGCGGACAAGGCGGAAGCAAACCGGCGCAUUCGUGGUGGCGGUGCUGGCUCUGAGAACCUACCUUAG